ACCAUGAGAAUUGAAUUAUAAUAAUAAUCCAGAAUGCAGCCAAAAUUUGAUCCGAGAAUGAACUUAACUAAUAGGAAGGACCGCCUCAAAGUUGAACUGAAGAAGAUCAUAGAACAGAGAACGUAUGAUGACUUAGAUAAGUUUUUAACGUCUUUUCAAGAUGAAAUUGCGAAGUAUAACUUACUUAAUGAGCCAGCGGAUAACAAGCAUGGAGUUCCAAUCCAUUUCGCAUGAAAAGAGGAUGAAGAUGAUGUGUCAGCAAUUAGACUACUGUAUACCUAUGGAGCUGAUCUGAAUAAACCAGAUCGUGGCGGUAGAUCCUUGAUUCAUAUUGCAUGCGUUAGGAAUUGUUUAAAUAUCGUAAAGUUCCUUCUUGAAAAAUAAUGUCGAUAUUGAUCUAAAAAACCCGGUUUUUGGAAGCACACCACUUGCUAUUGCAGUUCAGAAUGGGCAUUAUGAGCUGACUAAAUACUUAUUAGAAAGAGGAGCUGAUUUUCUCCAUGAACACAACAAGAGUACAGUCUCUCAAUUAGCAAAUUAUCAAGAAAAUGAUGAUGUCACCAAGAUCGUCAAAGAAUAUGUCACCAAGGAUGCAAAUUGGAAAAGGAGAAGAGGGUUGCUCUACAUGUACAUGAAAAAGACCCCUCUAUCGAAAUUAAGGAAAUAUCUCUUCAGAAGGGUAAUACAGUAUGCUUAAAUUUCAAUUCACCUAUAA